AUGCAAAAUCUUCCAUCUCCUGCUGAGUUACAGGGGGACGGUGCCUCGAGGGCCCGGGAGGGAGGGGGAGACGGUGGGGGCCUCGGGACAAGGCGCCUCGAGGUUCGGGGGUGUGGGAGGGAAGGUCCUCAGGGCACUGUGCCUCGAGGUCCCGGAGUCGGAGGGUUGGGGACUCGGGGUACGGCACCUCGAGGUCCCAGGGGUUGGGGUAUUAGGGCACAGCACAUCGAGGUACCCGGGGCGGGGGGAUUGGUGCCUUUGGGAACGGCCCCUCAAGGUCCCGGGGCCUUGAGUCCCCAGGGUCCUCGGGGAAGUCCUCGGGGACUCGAGGUCCUAGGGGUAUCAAGGGCCUUGAAGGCCUCAGGGGCUAGAGGGCUCGAUGGGGCUCUAGGGCUUCGGGGACCAGGGGAAUCGAGGGGACCAGGGGCCUCGAGGGCCCAGGGUACCAGGGGCCUCUAG